ACUCACCACAACUCAACACAGAGAAAUGUCGAAAGACGAAGGAAAACGAAAGAAGGAGUCUGUCGUUGAUCUCACCAGAUUUCUCGACAAAGAGAUUCGCGUCAAGUUCCAAGGAGGACGUGAAGCAAGUGGCGUGCUUCGAGGAUUCGAUCAGUUGCUCAAUAUGGUUCUUGAUGACUGCCGCGAGUAUCUCCGUGAUCCACAAAAUCCUUCGGUCGUCGGUGAUGAGACAAGACAACUGGGUCUUAUUGUGGCUCGCGGAACAGCAAUUACAGUAGUUAGCCCAGCAGAUGGACUCGAGCAAAUCGCCAAUCCAUUCGCAACCCAGGAAGAAGAAUAAUCGUUGAUAUCAUCAUCAUCUCUUAUUAUUAUUAUAUAUGUAUGUGAUCUCCUUGUGAAUGAACAUUCUCCAGAUAAAA